UCUGGCUCCCCCACAAAACAAUGGCCGCUGAGGGUGCGCAUGCGUAGUGUUGCUCUGGCUCCCCUCUCCCUCAGCCUCUACAAAGCAAUGGCUGCCUGCGCGCGUCUAGGCCUGGCGUGGUAGGCCUCCGCUUCACUUGGGCUGCGCGGCGGAGGUGCUGUUUCGUGUGGUUCCGAGUCGUCAGAAUGCCGCAGAAACCCGGGGAGGAGGACGAGGAGAGAGGGGCAGGAGAGGCCUUGGGGCGCCUGCGCUCGGUGAACACUCGGGAACCUUGCCAGGUCAUUUUCUGUAACCGCAGCCCCCGCCUGGUCAGCCCCGUCUGGCUGGACUUCGAGGGGAAGCCGCGCUCCUAUCCGAGCCUGAAGCCCGGCACGGGCCGACGGAUGCACAGCUACCUGGAACAUCUUUGGCUGUUCAGAGAUGCUGGGACAGAUGAUAGUCUUCUUGUCAACCAAGCAGAGCUGUUUGUGGCUACCCGCAAUAUGAAUGGGCAGCCUGUAUUUGCAAAUAUUACACUACCAGUGUACACUCUGAAGGAAAGAUGUCUCCAAGUUGUCCGUGCUUUAGUAAAACCAGUGGACUACAGGAAAUUAGACAUUGUUCGGUCACUAUAUGAAGAUUUAGAAGAUCAUCCAGAUAUUAGGAAGGAUCUUCAGCGGCUUUCUCUGGAAACAAAUGAUAGGCUAAGGAAUAGAGUUGGAGGGUCAUCAGUGGAAAACUACUCUUACUAAUAAAUUGUUGGGUAUAAGAGGCAUUAACUGCUGUACGAACUGAAAAGACAUUUACAUUCCAUAGUGUUUUAGGAAGCAGACAUUGCUUUGGUUUAGAACUUGUAACUUCAUAACUUAAAGACAAAGCCAUGGGACAAUGAGGCAGAGUGGUAGAAUGCUGCAGCUGAAAAUACUCAACAAAAUCCUGUCCUGGGAAAACCUAUACAAAUUGUAUUUUACAUUAGACCAAAUACAAACACAUAUGUCAGUUGAUAGAAGAUUAGAUUGGCAAAAGCCGUUUCAUGUGAUUUUCCACUUAUUUAAAAUAUCAUUUUAUUAUAUAUGUGUCUAGAAAACACCCUGUAUGUGUGGUCUUUGGAAUUUGGGCAACUUUAAUUUAAUUAUCAUACCAAAUGAUAAAUUAUCUUUAAACUGCAAUUUGGUCUCCCUCCCUCCCACCCAAUAAUUCAGAUUGAAUACUGUAAAUUAGAACUCUCUUGAUUUACUUUUUCUUGUGCCAGCGGUUUCCUACAGGUCAUUAUUUCCUAUAGUGGACCAACAUACUUCCAAUGUGCAGGAACUGCACUCUGUCACACAUUUGCCCUAUGUUUGUCUAUGCUGUUAUGGGAAUUUUGGUGUGAUGGGAGCUACUACCAUUCCCACUUCAGCUAGAGAAAGAGCCUGGCAGCUCUGUGGUGCAGGCAAAGUUUUUUCUCAGAUCACAAUUUCACCCUCAGUCAAAGCUUGCUAUCGCAUUGAAGGUGAAUGUUGUGAGUAUGAAAAGAAUAUGCUGUCUCUUAGAGGUUCCAAUAAAUAAUCCAUCAAACUCAUUCUUUGCUACUCUUUUUUUAGAACACUCCCCAAGCUAUAUAUUGCCUUCUUAAAAAUUAUCUGCAAAAUUUUGAGGCAACAGUUAGGAAGCUGACUACUUUAGAACGUAUUUUUGUUUUGAGCUACACAGAUGAUCAGUGGAACACUAUUUUCCUAUUUUCCAAUAUCCUGUGUUUGCAACUAUUAAAUUUUUUUGGUUUUGGGUGUCAAGCCAACAUUUUUACCAGUUGAUCUUGUACAGUUAUUUCCAAGUAUCUUAAUAGGACUACUGUGAAAUGAAUUUGUUGAAGACAUUACAGUGUACUGAAUGUGUUGUAAAUUGUUACCUUUUGUAAAGUCACUGGUUUGUGAUGUAGGUAGGUGUGUACUAAUUUUUUUGUAUACUUUGUAAAUUUCUUUCUAAAAAGUUAAAGCUUGAGAGAUUUCUGUAUAUAUGAUAAAUCUGUACUUUUGAUGUUGCCAGACAAAUAUGUGCACAAAACCAGAACUUUCCCUUAAAAGUUCUGCAAGAGGAGGGAAGAGAAAGGUUUACCCUUCACAGAGCUACAGUUCCCAGCAUCCUUAACAGACCUACGGUUCCUGGGAUUCUUUGGGGGAUUCUGUGUGUUCUUCCAGGUCUAAAGGAAGAAUCAAAAAUGGCAAAAUGAAGAAGAAAGUCUGUGAAUUCCAUGCAAGAUAGAUUGCAGUAGCUAAGCUGUCAGUUUUGUAUCUGAAUUUUUGAACAUGCUGGGGCACAUUUGGAGCAUUGUUAGAUUUAUAUGGUUCUUUGUUUCUGAUAAAUACCUAGUGAGAAGAUCAGCUGCCCAGACCAGAUUAUUAGAAUUGCAAUUUUGAUAUUUAAGCAUUGCUUUUAAUAUGUAUUCAGCUAUUGCUCAGCAUUCCAUACAAUGCCAUUUCAUGUAUUAUUAUUUUUUAACCUAUGAGGCAUUAAAGCGGUUUUCCCCCUUAA